CAACGGCGUACGAACGUGUUCUAUAGAUAUCACCCAAUUUAUUUAAAUAUUAAACCAGUGCAUCUCAAAGUUUUUCCCUAAACACAAAUAAAUAAUACGAUGGAAACACGCAAGUGUGGCGCCUGUGGGGAUUUGCUGUCGGAAGGAGUAAGUUGCACAGCAUGUUCUCAAGUCUUGCACUUCCAUUGCGCUGGCAUAACAGAAGCAGGAUUCCGGAAACUAGGCGACCGUAAGCUGACCUGGCGGUGCCUCAAAUGCAAAUAGUCAUGUGCAGCUCAGCCACCUAGCUCCCCAAAAGUUGACACGGAAUCGCAGAUUGUUAAGGAAAUAAGAGCUCUUUCUAAGAAGCUGGCCCCACUGGAGUCUCUUAUGGACGAGGUGAAGUCUUUGCGUACUGAGAUGACUAAUUUAAAAACACUCGUGAGCGAAUCAAACAAGUCAAUACAAGACUUUAACGACUCGAUCAAAGGCAUGGAGCUACGCAUUUCCCGGAUUGAAAAUGCUCAGACACAAAUCAGUGUCCUUAAGUCGCAGGUCGAAAGAUUAGAAGAGGAAUCACAUUCUAAAGACCAAUGGGCUAGAAUGAAUAACAUUGAAAUUAAAGGAAUAGAACAAACCCAGAAUGAGAACCUAUUAGAAAUAUUAUCUCAGAUCGGUAAGAAAAUUCAAUAUCCCAUUGUAAAGACAAACAUCAAUUUCAUAACUCGCGUCCAAAUACGAGAUAAAGGUAAAAAUAAACCCAUAAUAGUCUGUUUUAAUAACAGAUACAUUAAAGAAGAUUUCAUCGCGGCCGCCAGAGUUGCUGCAAAAUCAAAUUCAUUCACAUCAAAUUAUUUUGGAUUACCUGGAAAUUACAGGAUAUUUGUCAACGAUCAUCUGACUAUGCGAAACAAGCUACUUCUAUCCAAAACGAAGAAGAUCGCGACCGAAAAACGAUAUCAAUAUGUCUGGGUAAAACACUCAAAAAUUCAUGUGAGAAAAAACGACACCUCGCCAAUGUUAAUAAUAAAAUCAGAAAACGACUUGCAAAAAAUAGUGUGAUUACUUUAAUCUGGAUGUUCAAAAAGUUUGGAAUGCAUUGCAUUCGUAGUGCUAAGUGCGUAUUCCAGUUAUCACUGUGUCAAUGUGUUGCGUUUAAGAGCGAAUAUCUAUAUUUUUCUUUCUACACACCCAAAGUAAGUUACACCAAAACCUACCAUAAUUGUAUAUUAAUAGGGUCUAAGUUCUAUUGUAGCUUAUUGUCGUUUGGUGCGUAUUAUAACUUGUUUCAUACUAUUGUUAUUUAUACUUUCCCUUUCAUAAGGUGCGCUCCGAUAAGACACACGAUGAAACACUGUGCUUCAACUCUGUACUCAAUGUUUGUAUCAUUUUUAAUAACUACCCACACCCAAUAUAAUGAUCUUAUUAGAUACAAUCUAUUGAAUUUAUAUUAUAUAUAUUUUAGGAAUCUCGAGCAGGCUAUAAUAUGCAACUAUUGUAAAUAUCUGUGUUAUUAUUUAGUAAUUAUGACAAUGCAAAAAAAUGCCAUCGCUUAAUAUUUAUUACCAGAACGUGCGUGGACUUCGUACAAAAACAAAUAAUUUCUUUCGGAAUGUCUGCCUAAACUCGUAUGAUGUGAUCGUGAUAACAGAGACUUGGCUAGUAGAUAGUAUAAAUAGCUGUGAAUUAUUUGACGGAAGAUAUUUGGUUUGGAGACGCGACCGCGAUUAUACCCGUACUUUACAAAAAUUAGGUGGUGGCGUAUUGAUAGCUGUAAGAAAGGACUUAGUAGCAAUGGAAAGGUAUGAUUGGCGUAGCAGUACAGAGGAUAUCUGGAUAACCAUUACUUUAAAAAAGCUAAGACCAUCGGUAACUUAUUAUAUACAUAUUUGCGGACUGUACCUUUGUAAGGAAAAUUCUGGUAGCUCAUUCAAUACACAACUCUUGAACUUUACUCACAAUUUAAAUAAUUUAAUGUCAUCAUAUCCUCUUGAUGUGUUCAUAAUAAUGGGGGACUUUAACUUUGGUAAUGAUGUAAAAUGGUGCAAAUCUCCUGAUGGUGCUGAAUUAGUACCUGAGGAAAUAUCUGAUUCAUCGCUUGUUGAAUUCUUCGAUUGCGUCAGUACGUAUAGUUUAUCUCAAUUUAACGGUAUACGUAACGUAAAUGGGAGGAUGCUAGACUUAGUCUUUUCUAACAGCACCUUAACAGUUGAAGAGAUUGACAAUGCUUUGGCAGUGCCGGUUGAUGUACAUCAUAAGACUUUACAUAUUCAGGCCAAUUUCAUCCAAUUUCAUACAUUACAUGAAAAUUCUACUAAAAAGUAUAUGUUUAAUAAAGGUGACUAUGAAUGUGUAAAUAAUGCCCUUAUUCAGGUGGAUUGGCAUGAUUAUUUGUGUUCGGUGGCGUUGGAUGAGGCAGUAACACGUUUUUAUGAAAAAUUGUAUGAAAUUAGGGAUAAAUUCAUUCCUGUCAAAUCUGUCAGACGGCAGUCAUACCCUCCGUGGUAUAAUACUGCCCUGAUUAAAAUUCUGGCUGAAAAACAUAAGUAUCACUCGAAAUACAAAAGGUAUGGCAACUUAUCUGAUUAUCAUUCUUUCUCUUUGCUGAAAAUGAGGGCAGAGGAGUUAGAACAAACCUGUUUUAAUAAUUAUAUUGACAUUAUCGAAGCAUCUAUUGUAUCAAAUCCAAGAAGUUUUUGGUCAUAUGUUAAAAGCAAAAAAUGUACAUUUGUUCUGCCAAAUAUAAUGCGGUAUGGCGAAACGGUAGCAGAAACGGGGCAGGAAAUAACCAAUUUAUUUGCAGAUUAUUUCCAUGCAACAUUUCAACAACCAGACUCUGAUCUUACAAGUACUCAAUUUUUAAAUGACCAUGAUGUAAAUAUUUCGAUUUCUUCGAUAGAAAUUUCCUCUGAUAGAGUUCUAAAGCUGCUUAAAUCCUUAGACAUUAAUAAAUCGGGCGGACCAGACUUAAUACCACCUAUUUUUAUAGUAAAAUGUGCAGAAAGUCUCCUACUACCGGUCUGUACCCUAUUUAAACGCUCCCUAUCAGAAGGUACAGUCCCAAACAUAUGGAAAUCGGCAUUUAUUACCCCAGUAUUCAAAAGUGGGGAUAAAGCUGAUGUAAGUAACUACCGUCCUAUAUCUAAAUUAUGCUUAUUCGCAAAAAUUUUAGAAAGGAUAGUCCAUACCGAAGUUUAUUCUGUACUAGCUUCUAAGUUGGGAGAUAGCCAACACGGUUUUUAAGGGGUCGCUCGACCACAUCCAACUUGAUACUUUUUAAUGAGCAGAUUUCUGAACACAUGGAUAAUCGCAUUCAGGUGGACGUAGUCUACACGGAUUUCACAAAGUGUUUUGAUCGUAUAGAUCACGUGGUACUUUUACGCAAGUUGAUGAUCGCCGGCAUACAUGGAGAUUUAUUGAGGUGGCUCAAAUCAUACGUUGAUAAUAGAACACUGGCAGUGGUAUCACAUGGCUUUACUUCUCGCUGGAAAUUUGUACCGUCAGGCGUACCACAGGGAUCAAUCUUAGGUCCAUUGCUAUUUACAAUAUUUAUCUCUGACAUAAAAUCUUGCUUCCUUAACUCUGAUGCAUUGUUAUAUGCAGAUGAUAUGAAAAUCAUGAAACCAAUACUCAAGGCUUCAGAUGAAAUUAAGUUACAAGAAGAUCUUGAUAGGUUUUCAGAUUAUUGCCGUUGUAACAAACUUCAACUUAACGUUUCCAAAUGUUUUCACAUUACAUUUUCUAGG